AAUAAAGAAUUGACAUUCGCUAGUCGGUUCGGAAUAUUUUCAUUUUAUAAAAACUAGUAAAUAGUAAAUAUAAAAAAAUUUAGUAGUGUCAUUAACUAGCUUUAACUCAUUAAAGUACUUUCAGUUUAUUUCGUCGUCUAACUUGAGCUAUAAUUCAGUUUGCAAAAAUCUGCUUUAACUAUCGGUUGCUCAAGGCAAGUGUAUAUCAGGAAUGGCCGAAUCAAAUUUACGUUACGAUGGACGUGUCGCCGUAGUCACUGGUGCCGGUGCUGGUCUUGGUCGUGAAUAUGCUUUACUCUUUGGUUCACGAGGCGCCAAAGUUGUGGUAAACGAUCUUGGAGGUACUUUUCAUGGUGAAGGCGCUUCCCAACGCGCUGCUGACGUCGUUGUAAAUGAGAUUAAAGCACUUGGAGGUACUGCAGUAGCUGAUUAUAAUUCGGUUGUUGAUGGUGCAAAGGUCAUUGAGACCGCAAUAAAGAACUUUGGUCGCGUAGAUAUUUUAGUUAACAACGCUGGUAUCUUACGCGAUCGCAGCAUUAUAAAAACUUCAGACCAAGACUGGGAUUUUGUGCACGAUGUACACUUGAAAGGUAGUUUUAAAUGCACUCAGGCGGCCUUUCCAUAUAUGAAGAAACAGAAUUAUGGCAGAAUUAUUAUGACCUCAUCAAAUUCUGGCAUUUAUGGCAAUUUCGGUCAGGCAAAUUAUUCAGCCGCAAAAAUGGGUUUAGUUGGUUUAGCCAAUACAGUGGCCAUAGAAGGUGCUAAGAAUAACAUUUUCUGCAAUGUUAUUAUUCCAACAGCAGCAAGUCGUAUGACUGAAGGCAUUCUGCCGGACAUAUUGUUCAACGAAUUAAAACCACAGUUGAUUGCACCCGUCGUUGCAUAUUUGUGCCAUGAAAAUUGCGAAGAAAAUGGUUCAUAUAUUGAGAGCGCUGCUGGUUUUGCAACUAAAGUACAAACAGUACGUGGAAAAGGUGCUGUGCUUCGUACAUCAAUUGAUCAAAAAGUGAUUACUCCAGAAUACGUACAAAGCAAAUGGACAAAGGUCGUUGAUAUGUCCGAAGCACAACAUCUGGAAUCCAUAGCAGCAGCAUCCGGUACAUUAGUUGAAUUGUUAGAGAAACUGAAGGAAGGUAAAAUUUCAGACGCUGAAGACACAUUUAAAUUCGGUGCUAAGGAUUUGAUACUUUAUGCUUUGGGCAUUGGCGCCACAGUGAAGGAUAGCAACGACUUAAAAUUCCUAUAUGAAAAUGAUACUGACUUCUCAGCCAUUCCCUCAUUUUUUGUUUUGCCCGGUUUAAUGUUGAGCAUGACAUCAAAUUUGAUCUCUACUGCAUUGCCAUCAGGAAGUGCUGAUCUUACCAAUAUUUUACAUGGAGAACAAUAUUUAGAAAUCUGUGAUGAUAUACCUACCAAUGGCACACUAACAACCACGGGCAAAGUAUUUGAUGUUAUGGAUAAGGGUUCUGGUGCAGUUGUAGUAACAAAUGCUGAAUCUUAUGACGAAAGUGGUCGUUUGAUAGUGAAGAAUCAAAGUUCAAUUUUUGUUGUUGGUGCUGGCAAAUUUGGUGGUAAAAAAAAUCCAAUUAAUGGUGUGGUACCAAUUGCCAACACUCCAAGUCGUGCACCAGAUGCCUCAAUUCAAUACAAAACAACUGAAGACCAAGCUGCUUUAUAUCGUCUGUCAGGAGAUUUAAACCCGUUACACAUUGAUCCAAGUUUUGCCGCAAUUGCUGGUUUUAAGACACCCAUUUUACAUGGACUCUGCUCACUGGGCUUUUCCGUACGCGCUGUUUUAGCGAAAUUCGCUGAUAAUAACUCAGCGCUCUUUAAAGCUGUUAAAGUACGUUUUGCUGCACCCGUUCUACCUGGUCAAACAUUAAAGGUUGAUAUGUGGAAAGAAGGCAAAAGAGUACAUUUCCGCACUUCAAUAGUUGAAACAGGAAAGGAAGUCAUAACCGGAGCUUACGUUGACUUAAAGGAUACCAGUGCAAAAUUAUAAAUAAAACUUUAAAAAUUGCUUUUUAAAGUAUAUAACAUGAUAUAUUGUUAAAUAAUAUUGGGGUAAUAUGGGUGAUAUCUUAAAGAAAACUUUUGUAUGUUUCAAUAAUUAUUAUUGAUUAUGAUUUUUAAAGUAUUCAGAAUAAAAUAAUAAACCAAAUUGUCUUUCUUU